AUGGGUCAGAAAUGGAAGAACGGCUUUCGUAUUCUUUAUCCGGAGGAAGCGUUGUAUUUGGUAGAUCUAGCGGUGGCCGAAGUCUACUACAACAACGUUGCAUUGAGUAUGGAACAGAUGUUUACACUAGCAGUGCAGCAAGGUAUGGCGUGGGAGCAUUAUUUCGUAUACAGCUACUUGUCUCGAGCCGGUUACAUAGUCGUCCGUCACCGUUGCUUCAGUGGCAGCGACGUAUUCUCCCAGGAAUCUGUUCCACAACUUAUAACUUUUACGCCAGCACCUUCUACAAGUAAUUCCUCUUCUGUCAUGGAAGUGGCUCCUUCUGACCAGCAUGUGCCUUCUUGCACUAGUUCCCAGACGAUUUAUCCUUGUCCUGAAUCUAAGUCGUCUGCAGGUGACACAUCUUCUGACAAGCUAGAGGCAAAUGCGGCAGAGACAUCGCCCAUCCGUGAAUUCGACUGGCCUACUGACACUACGUCAUUGAUGCAUUCUCCAAAGCCUCAGUAUUUAAACUGGGAUUUCAAGAAGAUACCGAUUCCGGAUAAUCACGGAUAUCCCAUAAUAUCCUUGAAGCCGAUGGAAAAUACCUUUAUUCCGUUUCCUGUGUCGUACACAAAGAAGAUGUUAACUUAUGACUCCCGCACAGCUGAUAGGGCCAAUAACUAUUGGACAAAGUCAACGAAGAAAAACGAAUUUUACCGACCGGAAAAUUUUGUCAGAACACGCGUACGCAAUGCCAAAAAUUGGGGUGAAUAUAAGCAAGCGAUUGCAGAAAAAGCUCAAAGCGUUACCAGUUCUUCAGGAGAUCCACAGCAGUUGAAAAAUGCAGCUUUUGAAUGGAAGGCAACGGGCACAAAACUCCAAAGGUAA